UCCCCAAAGCCCCAGUCCUUGCCGGGGAGGAUCUGCGAAUUGAUGAGCGACCGUGCGUGCCUGUGUAAUUUAUAGGCGGUGCAGGGAGCACAGAUCCGAGGCUAGGGGCUCGCUCCGGAGCGCGUCCUCCAGAGCUGCUGUGUGCACGGCUUGCCGCCUGCGGCUGCGGCGACUGUUGCUAGAUGCUCCUGCCACCCUUGGCCAUUCACUUUUGCAUAGACCUUGCAAGCAGUGCACUGGAUCAAGUCGCGUUGAGGACAGUUUGGGUUCUGCUGCUGCUCGGAGUGAACUGGAGUCACCCACUGCAAACCAGCCCGAGGCACGCUUGUGUUGCCGAUGGAUCCCGGCGGCUCUCCUCGCCGUUCUUCUUGCAGCUGCAGCACGGGCUAAGGCGGGAAUCCCACCCAGCAGGCAGCCGGGACAGACUCUGCGAGGGAUGCCCCGCUUGAAGCGCCUGAUGAGAGUGAGGCUGAGCCGCCGACGUUCCCUCGCUUUCUUCCUCUUCUGGGCGGCGUGCGGGACUCUAGGGGGCGUCUUCUUGGUGGUGGUGGCGGCGGCGGCGCACCGCGGCGUCUUCUCCGGGCGCUGCACUGAUGAGCAAAGCCACAGGAUCCUGGCGAGGCUGUGUCUUGACUACAAGAAAGGAGCCUUGACGGGAGAUCUUUGUGAAGACUUGUGUGUGGCCCAGAAGCUGAUAUACAAACGUUGCCUUUAUUAUGACCGAGGUAAGAAGGUCAUCCAAGCUGACUGGAGAGGCCGCCCAGUGAUCCUGAAGUCAAAAAAUGAAAUCUUCUCUAGCUAUCAGCAUCUUGGCUUUCUGGAGGAAAUGGAAUCCCCGAGUAUUCCAGAGGCAGAGCUUCUUCUGAUGGUGGCUUUGGAGAUCAAAAGCAUUCUGGGCUUGGAACUACCUAAUAACCCAAUGGGACCUUUGUGGACUAGGAGGAGAGGUCCACACUGGAAAGCACAGUGGGCUAGUAUGUGGUCCUUACUCCAACAAGAAGAGUAUAUUUAUUUUAGUGUCUUGCAAGACUUCAGUAAACAUGUCUUAAGGGUCAUUGGCUCUUGUGGCCAUUUUUAUGCUGUGGAGUAUCUGACUGCUGGACAUGCCUGGCAGAAAACUCUCUUUUCUGUGGAGGAUGCUGUUGGUGUGUCUUUCUCUGGGAUUCAAAGCAAGGCUAAGGCCAUCACUGAAAUUGCAAUCAGCUUCCUGGAUAUGGUACAUCAUUUUGACAAUGACUUUUCUCACCGGCUUCAUCUCUGUGACAUCAAACCGGAAAACUUUGCUAUCCGAAAUGAUCUGACAGUGGUCGCUAUAGAUGUCGAUAUGGCUUUUUUUGAACCGAAAAUGAGGGACAUCCUUGAACAGAACUGCACAGGAGAUGAAGACUGUAAUUUUUUUGAUUGCUUUUCAAAGUGUGACUUGAGGAGCAGAAAAUGUGGAGCAGAGAGAGCCAAUAACAACCUUCAAGUCAUCUGUGAUAAAAUAUUUCGUCCUUGGUUCUCUCUAAAUCUCAGAGGAUCUGCAGUCUCCUUUCCCUUGCAGCUACAGUUACAGCAAGCCAUUCAUGAAUGCGCAGAACCAGGGACCAAGGAUAUUGCCCAUCACUAUAGAACUUCUCCAGAUUCUCUUUCUGAGUUAUAUCAGCUGCUGCGAGCUAGCCAAAAGGAACUUCAGACAUCAGGCAGCUCUGCUCAGAUCCACCAGUAAUUACUGUUCCAUGAAGAUUUCUCUCUCUCUCACCACCAUUCAGUUGCAUUAAUUUCUGCUUAUUGACUUUUUUUACUGUGCUUUCUGAAAACCAUGAUUGAAGAUGUGGUAUGUAUAUUAUUAAUACUCUCUAAAAUGUGGAAUCAUUUCUCUUGAACUCUGUUUUCACUUAAUUCCUGAAGACAUGCUGUUUCCCCCUGCUGAUAUUUUGCAUUAUAUUGUUUAUCUAAAGCAGUAGCAGCACUCAUCCAAACUAAUGUCUGACCUGAGGCUGGAAAAGCAUUUGAAUUUCAGAAGUGCUAUUGAGAUGGAAAAAUAGACUCACUUCACAAAAUUAAUUUUCGCUUAGCUGGGAGUGGACUGACAGUGACAACUAAUGAAUGAACCAUUUUAAAAUGUUUGUCCCACUUUAUUGUGUCUCUGGCUGCUAUACAUAACUGUUUAAGUCAAAAUACUCAGACUAACACCAUUAGUUCCACUAAAUGCGAUAAAAGUGGAAGCAAGCAUCAGGGGAACGAAGGUUGUGGCCCUAAAUAGAAGGUUUAGCCUGGACCACAGCUUAAGUUCCUCAUCCUUUCAAUGAAGGAAUCCCAGAAGCACUGAAGUGAGGGGAAUCAGCUCUUGCUGAAGGACUGGGAACAUAGAGCCAAGGAAUAUCUUGGACUCAGGUUACCAAAUGGUUGGGUUAAAUCCCCUGGAGCAUUCCCAGACAGGGCUUUUAGCUCACUUCUCCACCAGAAUGGAGGGUGUGCGUUUGCACAUCGGACAGAUUCAUGUCGAAGCCUGUGCAAGAUAUUGGGGAGCACUUCACACACGAUUUGGGGUUUUCAGUUGAAAUAUUUAAAUGUAUACCAACCAGUGUUCCCUCUAUCAGAGAUUUCCUGAUGUUGUUGGCUACUGCUCCCAUAAUCCCCAGCCAAAGGCCAUUGCAGCUGGGGAUGCUGGGAGUUGUAGUGAACAACAUCUGGGAAUCCCUGUUAGAGGGAACAGUGAUACCAACAGAAUUGGAGCCUAGCAAUUUUGCCAAAACCCCAGCUAUAUCUUUCACCUUUGUGACAGAUUUCUGCAGUAUAGGGAGGAGGAGAAAUGACUGAAUCUUAGGUACCAGACUCUGUCCCAAUGGGCCUCUGCCAAAUAACACCAAGGGGAUAUCAAUACUGUACCACCAUUCAUGUAUUAUCUGAAGCCUGCAGCAGUUCUGGAGACUGGCCCAUCAGGUGGGGGCACAUACCAAGUUUAAAACAGUGAUUACAAUAUUGAUCAGUACAAUAUGGAUUCUGCUGUAGAGAGGGAGUGGCAAAAGCUGAGAAUAAGGACAGUGGCUGACACUUAGUCUAGAUGUCAGUCAUUGUCACAAUGUAUAGCACAAAGACUGGAUGAUAUGGAAGAACAGUAUGGCUGAGGGAUGGUUACAAUCUUUAUACUGUAUACUGCAGGGAUGGAUAUUAUCUUUAUGCUGGCAUAUCUUGCAGUGCUAUGAGACUGGCAAAAAUCAAAGGUCGCCUGCCACACAAAUCAGAGCACAGAGAGAGAUAUCUCUAGACUAUGAGGAGGUGUUUUUUGUUUGCUGAAAAUAUUAACAUUUGGAUACACCCCCACCCCCAGGGAAGAGGCUCCUUCAACACUUGACUGGGAUCAGAUACUAGAAAGAAAGAAAAACCUUUUAUAUAUCCAUAUAAUAUAUCCCAUAAUCGUUGUCUAUCCCUGUGGAUAUAAGAGGAUUAUCUUCCUUGUAGGCCUUCAGGAGAUCCUUAAAGAUUCACCUUUUUAGCCUGGCUAUUAAUGAUAUCUAGUUUUAAUUUUAAUUUUAAUCCGGUUUAAUUUUUUUAAAUUUUUGUAUUAUGUGAUUUUGAUUUUAAUGUAUACUGCCCUGAGCCACUUUAUGAAAGGUGGUAUAUAAAUUGAAUGAAUGAAUGAAUGAAUGAAAUUAUACCAUCCAGAGUACUGCUACCCCACACAUAUGGAAGAGAAGAAACUAUUGUGUCUAAUCUACCUAUUGGUAUUGUACAGGGGAGUAAGAUCUGUGUGAAUAUUGUUUACAUCUUAACUUAGAAAAUACUAAAAUGACAUACUAAAAUGAAGCAGAGUAUUAGAUGCUUUAAAUACAUCUCCUGUUUCUCAUGAGAUUACCUGUCUUUGACAAGGCUUAAUAAAUGACACUACGUAUGACAAA